AUGGGUGUCACAAAUUUUGCUAUCCGGCCGUUUGGCAUUAUACUGUUUGUGACACUAAUUGCGCUGUGUCUCCUCAAUUAUGUCCGCAAUCGACGCCGCACCAAGGGCCUGCCGUUACCUCCAGGUCCUCCCGGAGAACUUAUCCUGGGUCACCUGCGCAUUGUACCCUCCCACAGCCCAGAGUACACUUACAUGAAGUGGUCCCGCGAGUAUGGCUCCGAUGUACUUUCCGUCAACAUUCUCGGCCAGCCUGUCAUUGUCCUAAAUUCGGUGAAAGCUGCUGUUGAGUUGCUGGAUAAGCGAGGUCACUUCUACUCGGACCGUCCUCGUUUUGUACUCUUUGAAGUCAUGGGAUGGGGAAAGACGCUCACAUUUCUACGAUGGGGCUCCAAAUUUAAAAUACAUCGACGCAUUCUACAGAAAAGCCUAUCAAAUAGCAGUAUCGUGCAGUACAGGCACAUUCAAGAACGAGAAACAGUCACCAUGCUCAAGGGCUUGGCCGUCAACCCUGCACAGUGGGAAAAUGUUAUUCGUCGACUGGCUACUGCCAUUGUUCUCGGCAUUGGAUUUGGCAUUACCAUUGAGAGCGACCAAGACCAGUUUGUCCAAGUGGCUGCAGAUGCUAGCUAUGCGCUUGGCCACGGGGGUGCCCCGGCCGGUACGCCAGUUGACUUUUUCCCGUUUCUCCGAUACAUGCCGCGGUGGUUUCACGACAGGUCGCUCAAGUUUGCCAACGAUUGGAGUUGGGCUAUCCGUAACUUGCACGACAAGCCGUUCGAUGCGGCCGUAUCAACCCAGCAGCGCACGGAAUCAAUCAUUCAAGGCAUGCUGGAUCAGCGACAGGCACAGCUUGAGAAUGGGGAGACGCCUGAGCUGGAGUUGGACGAUGUCAAAGGUGCAGCUGGUGCCGUGUUUGCCGCUGGACAAGAUACGACGUGGGCAACCAUUAUGGUAUUCGUCAUCAACAUGAUUCUUCACCAAGAUAUUCAAAUCAAGGCGCAGCAAGCUCUGGACCGCGUUGUCGGACGCAACAGGAUGCCUAAUUUCAACGAUAGGCAGCACCCCGGACUACGAUACAUCGAGUACUUAUUACAAGAGACGCUCAGGUGGUGCCCUGUCUCACCCAUCGGCGUCCCUCAUCGGUCCAUCAAAGAUGACAUAUACAAUGGCUACUUUAUCCCUGCUGGCUCAUUCAUCUAUGCCAACGCGCGUGCUAUGACUCAUGAUCCCGAUAUUUAUCUGGACCCUGAUGAGUUCGACCCUGACAGGUACAUACCUGAGAAAGAGGGCGGUCGCGGCGAGCCGUUUCCGAAUGGCCAUUUUGGCUUCGGCCGGCGAGUUUGUGUUGGCCAGCACCUUGCCAAGGCGAGCGUGUGGAUGGUAAUUGCCGGCAUCCUGAGCACAAUGGAUAUAAAAAAGCCGCUCGAUGAUAAAGGCAAUGAAGUCACGCCCAGGGUGACGUUGACGAAUGGGUUGACGAGCCAGCCCGACGGCUUCGACGCCAGGUUCAUACCGCGAGACGAUAUGAGCCUAGAUUUGAUCCGGAGGGCUGAGAUAUAA